GGAGUGACCUCAUCACCGCUACUGACCAAACAUUGACUCAAUCCGACAAAGUGACCGAAGGUGCAGCAGCGGAAACCUUCAUUCUACAACAAGCCCAGGAGUCAUGCUUCCCUGAAGAACUCAGCGCUCUCCGUAAAGGAAAGCCUCUCUCUAGGCAAAGUAGUCUACUUCAACUCUCUCCUGAGCUUGAUCCAGAUGUUGGGCUGAUGCGGGUAGGAGGAAGACUACGCAGGUCCCAGGACCUAGACCCAGACAUCAUCCACCCAAUCAUUCUGGACCCAAAGCAUCCCACUACGCAGCUCAUCAUUAAGCACUAUGACGAGUCCCUGCUGCAUCCGGGGCCAGAGAGGGUCUUUGGAGAGUUGAGACGCAAGUAUUGGAUCCUGGGAGGAAGACCAGCCAUCCGUAAACAUCAGCACAGUUGCAGAGAGUGUCAGAGGUGGAAAUCCUCUCCUGAAGUGCCCAAGAUGGCUGAUCUGCCCCCGGCAAGGCUGCGUCUCUUCAAACCACCAUUCUGGUCCACUGGUGUAGACUGUUUUGGACCCUUUAUCAUUCACCAUGGCCGUAGAACAGAGAAGCGAUGGGGAAUUAUCUUUAAAUGCUUAACCACUCGUUGCUUACAUCUGGAUUUGCUUGGAAGCAUGGAUGUCGAUGCCUUUCUCCUAGCACUCCGUCGUUUCAUCUCCCGUCGUGGCAAGCCCUUUGAGAUCUGGGCGGACAGGGGAACAAACUUCCGUGCUGGGGACAGGGAGUUGAAUCAAUGUUUCCAGGCCAUGGAACCCAAGCUUCAGGAACACUUGGCCAAUCAGCAGAUUUCCUUCAACUUCAAUCCGCCAUGUUCUCCACACUUUGGAGGAGUCUGGGAGCGCGAAAUCAGAUCAGUCAAGAACGCCCUACGAGUGAUCCUCGGGAAUCAGACCACUUCUGAAGCUGUCCUUCACACUGUCCUGGUUGAGGUAGAAGGCAUUAUGAAUUCAAAGCCUUUAGGCUAUCUUUCAUCUUCUGCCAGUGAUCCUGAUCCGGUCACUCCCAACUUGCUGCUGAUGGGGCGGCGGGACGCCUCCCUGCCACAAGCCAUCUUUGCCAACAGCAAGCUCCUUGGGCGAAGGAAGUGGCGUCAUAGCCAGAUGUUGGCGGACCAUUUCUGGACACGGUUCAUUCGUGACUACUUGCCUAACCUACAACCCAGAGGAAAGUGGCUGAGGGAAGUCCAGAAUCUGGAAGUAGGGAAGACUGUUCUGAUCCUUGACCCCCAACUGCCGCGGGCCUCUUGGCCAACAGGUCGAGUAACAGCUGUCAUGGCCGGUAGAGACGGACGUGUUCGGUCCGUUGACGUCCAGGUCGGCCGUCAAACCUACACCAGACCAGUGUGUCGUCUGAUGGUGCUUCCAGAGUUGGAAGAAGAGUGAGUCUUUCUUUCAGGAGGAAUUGAUCCCAAUUCCGGGGCGGCUAUGAAAAGACUCCCUGGAUUUUCGUCCUUUUUUUUCAGUUAUCUUUCUAAUAUGGUGAAUCUGCCAAACUGAAUCCCACUCCACCUGCCAGCUAAGGGGCGGAGACUAUAAAUAGCCUGCUCACCCUUUAGUUCAUCCUUUGCACUCCCUGCCAGCACACCAAUUUAACCCUGUGUCCUGAGUUUCCUCCACAUAUCCUGAAGUGUGCGUCUUCAAGUUAACCACACAAAAUAAUCAAGACCAAAAGGGAAAAUAAAUACUGGUUCUUGCAUUAAA